AUGAGCUGGGCUCGCUUGAGCAGGCACAAAACAUCAGAUGGUAUGAGCUUUCGCGAUUUUCGAGAUUUUAAUCUUGCAAUGCUGGGUAAGCAGGGGUGGCGUUUUCUAUCAAACCCUGGGAGUUUGGUUGCAAGACUGUUUAAAACUCGCUAUUUUUCAAAUACUAAUUUUCUUGAAGUUCCGUUAGGUAAUAAUCCUAGUUUUGUUUGGCGAAGUAUAUGGGAAGCUAGAUCAUUGUUGAGAGCAGGGGCUCGUUGGAUGGUAGGAGCUGGCACUAAUAUUAGUAUUGCAAAUCAGCCGUGGCUUCAAGAUGAAGAGAAUCCGUAUAUUACAUCUUCCUCGCCUUCCUUUGAAAAUAAUACUGUUGCUUCUCUAAUGACACUUAAUGACAGAAGUUGGGAUGUGGAGAUUAUAAGGGACCUUUUUAAUGUGAGAGACCAGCAAUGCAUCUUACGCACUCCUAUCAGAAACUCACAGUCAGAGGACACAAUUUAUUGGUGUAAAGAGAGUUCAGGUGUGUUUACGGUAAAAAGUGCGUAUAAAUUUUUGCAGGAGCAAAAGGGUGUGUGGAGGAGGGAUGAUAAUAACAGUUUAUGGGCUAAAUUGUGGAGGAUUAAGGCUCCGCCAAAGGCUUUAAAUCUAGUGUGGAGGGCUCUUUCAUUCUGCUUGCCAACCAUGGUUAUGCUUUCUCAGAAGCGUGUGCCAGUUUUGCCUAGUUGCCCGGUGUGUAAUGGUGAGGACGAGACAAUCUUUCAUGCAAUGGUGGGUUGCCCUUUCGCAGCUCAAUGUUGGCAAUCUUUGUUCCCUGAUUUUCAACAGCAUAUGGGGUCUGAGUUUGAGGGCUGGCUUGAUGAUAUGCUUGGAAAAGUGACCUCGGAAAAGCGUCCCUUGGUGAUUACGGUAUGUUGGGCAAUAUGGAAGGCUCUCAAUGAUAAACACUGGAACCACAAGCAAGUUUCUAUGAAUGCGGCUUUAGUAUCAGCAAAGAACUACCUUGUUCAAUGGCAGAACUCCCAAGCUAGAUCUACGCAGGCUAGAGGUUAUUCGAAGUUUGUCGGAGACGGAGCAACUUCUUGGGUUAAACCAUAG